GAAUGACCUGUCCAGGAUCCAGCGAAGUUGCUGAUGUUGGGGUACAAGUGCAUCCCAUCGUUUUCUUAUUGAAAAACGGGAGACGGAAGACUGAACUUAUCGGAAGAGUAGACUUGCCAUCAUGAUGAGCGUGCCGGUGAUCUCGGGAUCUCGGCAGAGGUUGUCUGCAGUUGUCGGGCGAGCCGUGAGCCCCUGGCGGCCACAGGGACACAUCGGCAGGGUACGGGCGCUGGUGGGGUACCGGUCUGGCCUGGUCGGGCCAAGAACAGUACCAUCCCCUGUGCAGACAUACAGCACAGCUGCAGUCGGGUCUACCAGCCACCACAAUGACGACAGCGAGGCCAAGCCUUUCUCUGCCCUGCCUGGUCCCCCCUCUGUACCAGUCCUCGGCAACUUCCUGCACAUGUGGUGGGAGGGACUCCUCGAGAAAGAAAAGCUCAACAAAAAUCAUAUCAUGUUCACAGAUUUCUUUCGUCAGUAUGGUCCAAUAUUCAGGUUGAAAAUUGUGAAUGUUGACAUGGUGAGUAUCAAGGAUCCAGUAGCAGUUCAGGAGUUGUUCCGGAAGGAAGGGAAGUACCCGGCACGCAUCGACAUCAAACCCUGGAGGAGGUACAGGGAAAUCUCAGGCAAGGCCACUGGAGUGUUUCUCAGUAAUGGCAAAGACUGGCAGAAAAACAGGUCCAUAAUGGCGCGACCCAUGCUACGCCCCAAACAUGUGUCUACGUACGUCAGCAACUUGGACACGGUGUCAGCCGACAUGAUCAAGCGACUGCGAGUACUCCAGGCAAGGGCCGAUGGGAUAGAAGUUCCAAACAUAUCAGAUGAGCUGUUCAAAUGGGCUCUAGAAUCCAUCUGCACGGUCCUGUUCAAUGAGCGGAUGGGGUAUCUACAGGACAACAUCUCCCAGGAUGCUCAGGACUUCAUCCAGGGUAUCCACACCAUCUUCCUCACAACCAACACCGUCAUCUUCCCUGACGCGGAUGUGCAUCGUUUCCUGAGAACCAAACCGUGGAGACAGUCUGUGGAGGCGUGGGACACGGUUUUCCGUGUUGGUGAGAAGGUGAUGGUCCGUAAGUUACAAGAAGCUCUGGAGCGGGAGGAGAGGGGGGAGGGGGAGGACGAUCAACCCAACUUCCUGGCAUUCGUCAACAGCACAGGGAGGCUGACCAAGGAUGAGAUUUACUCCAACACCAUUGAGUUGAUGGGUGCUGCUAUUGACACGACCUCCAACACCCUCCUGUGGACCCUGUACGAGCUGUCACGCAGACCUGAACUCCAGGACAGACUGUAUCAGGAGGUCACACAGGUCAUAGGUCAGGACAAGGUCAUGACCUGGGAUCACCUGAAGGACCUGCACCUCCUGAAGGCCAUCAUUAAGGAGACUCUGAGGAUGUAUCCAGUUGUCCAUAAUGUCAGCCGUUUGCUGCAGGAGGACACAGUGCUCAUGGGAUAUUGGUUACCCGCAAAGACCUGCGUGGUUGCCCAAGUGUACGCCAUGGGGCGGGACCCCCAGCUGUUUCCUGAUCCAGACGAGUUUAAACCCGAGCGCUGGUUGAGAACAGGAGAGGCUCACGAUGAAAUCAACCCGUACAGCUCUCUGCCAUUUGGCUUCGGGCCACGCAGUUGUCUUGGUCGUCGUGUGGCAGAGGUCGAGCUGCAACUCCUUCUUGCAAAGAUGUCCCAGCAGUUUGUGCUGAGUCAGGUGGAACCAGAAGAGAUUUCCUCAGUAGCGCAGCCGUUACUGAUGCCGGAGACACCCCUGCACCUCCGGUUUGUGGACAGGAAGUAAAGAAGACAACUGUAUCCAUUUAUCGUCUUUUGGGAAAACUGAGAAUGAACUGAACCUCAAGUAACGGACAACGGACAUCCCUUGCGAGCAAUCAUCCCGCAGCAAGACAGCCAGAGCUACAGAGGUCACAUUCUAGAGCUUUUAGUUAAUCUUUUGGGACAGUGUUUUAACCAUAGGUGUAGUUUUUCUUUGUUGAUUCAUUGAAAAAAUUGAUUUGUAGAAAAUGUAUACAAAAUGUCACAAUACAGUAGCUAAGGGUUUUCGUAAUUUUUAAAAGAAUGCAUAGUCUCAUGCCAGAGUUUCUCAAUCUGGUUGAAAUGAACCAUUGUUGUAUUGAAAUGAACAAUGUAAAGAAGCAAUGACUUUUGAAUAUGCAUGAAUUAGUUCAACGAAAAAGUUAAUGAAGAUACACAAAAUAUAAUACGCAAAAAAUUUGUAACCAUUGUUCAAAUAUCGUGACGUGUUUCUUAAUGAGGAUGAAAUUGUGGUCAGUUACAUUGUAUAUCUGACCAUAGGCUAUCAUGUACACUAUUAUGGACUAUCAGACAUCUUUAACUCACAUGUAUGUAUGUAUAUGUCUGAGUGUAGAGAUCUGAGUCUGUCAAUUUAAUGAAAUUCCCUUAAAAGGAUGUAGUGGGCUGGUGACCAUGUUUUUGAAGAUAGUGUAUUUUUGUAAUUCAUGCAAAACCUAAGGAGUGGAGUUUUGGGGCUAGUGUGGUGUGAUGUUGAUCAAACUUUAAUCUUAUGGAAAUCAGGAUUACCUGCUCUGUCAUUUGUGUAAUAUUUACAUCAACUCUCUUAAUGCCACUAGGUGCCAUAAUACCAACAAAAAAAAUGCAUUUAAGUUUUGUAAGAGAUGUACUAGUACCUAUAUGCAUCAUCAGUAAUCCUGAGCUACAUUGUAUAUAAUUAUACUCACAUGUUUAGGUGUCCAAGACAAUCUUUAGAAGAUACGUUGAUGAAGGUUAGACAUCCAGGUAAUAAGAUAUGCCAAAAAGCAGUUACUGAAGCAACUGGAUAUAAUUUUGGAAACGGUCAGACGUUUCAACUAGCAUCCAAUAGAGCAGCUUCUUCCAGAUCCACUGACGUAAACUAGUGUGGUCCAUGCUAGUUGAAAUGUCUGACCAUUUCCAAAAUCAUAUCCAGUUGCUUGAGUAACUGCUUUUUGGCAAAUCUUUAAAAGAACUCUGUUAAAAUGUUUUUGUGAUAUAAUAGUAGUAUUAAGACACCCAAUGGAAUUAUAAGAUGUUACAAUUGUUUCCUUCAUAUUUUACCAUAUAGAAGUGCUCCAGUGCACAUUUCCUGUAAUUUGUGUG